AGGAGAGAGAGAGAAACAGGGAGAGAGACAAGCCACAUUACGCACCCCUCCACCAGGUUACGAAGCCCUCCGCCCUCAACUCCUCUCCCUCCCCGUCUCCCAGUCAGUGUGGGCGGGCUUCGCGCGGAAGCGUGGGAGUCGAAACACGACACCCAGAGGACAGAGCGAGGCGAGAGGGUAGAAGAAGAAGAAGAAAAAGAAGAAGAAGAGUGAGGGGCAGGACGGAGGAGUAGGAAGAAGAAGAGUGGCCGCGAGUGGCGUGAGCGUCGGAGAAGCGGGAGGUCAAGAGAGGGAAGAAGUAAAAAGAAAAAGUCCGACAAGAGCGACGUCAAAGCUCGGAGACAUGUCGAACGGCGACGAAGAUGCGGCCGAGGCGAAGUAAGCACUCGCCGGAGAGUUCGCGAAACAAGUACCUGGAAGAGGGAAAGCGCUUUUUACCUCGCCUCGACCGCCUUUUUUUGGGGUUGUUGUAGUUGAGAGGAACUUUAGGAAGCACCGCCGAGCAUUAACGGACGCUAGCCCCUUAGUUCGCCGGAGAGCGAGCCCCCUCGGUCGGGCUCGGAGAAAGGCGAAGUUCUCUCCCACCAAGCGGGGCGAGAAAGUGCCUGCGAGAGUUGCACUCCAUUUAGCGGAGUUUGACCAACUUUUACGGGGAAAAUGAAGACCCCCGGAGACAACGGUUUCGCCUUCCCCGACUGGGCCUACAAGCCGGAGUCGAGCCCCGGAUCGCGGCAGAUCCAGCUGUGGCACUUCAUCCUGGAGCUUCUGAGGAAGGAGGAGUACCACGACGUCAUCGCCUGGCAGGGAGACUACGGCGAGUUCGUCAUCAAGGACCCGGAUGAGGUGGCCCGCCUCUGGGGGGCCAGGAAGUGCAAACCCCAAAUGAACUACGACAAACUCAGCAGGGCACUGAGGUACUACUACAACAAGAGAAUCCUCCACAAGACCAAAGGCAAGCGCUUCACCUACAAAUUCAACUUCAACAAGCUGGUGUUGGUCAACUACCCGUUUAUCGACGUGGGCUCCGCCGGAAACGGCGUCCCUCAGAGCGCCCCUCCGGUCCCUUCCGGAGCAGGGACCCACUUCCGCUUCCCUCCCUCCACGCCCUCGGAAGUGCUCUCCCCGAACGAGGACCUGCGCAGCCCCGGGGGCCUGUACGGCUCGGUGGCCCGCCGGGUGGCCCGCGGCUCCGUCAGCGACUGCAGCGACGGCACCUCCGUCAAUUCGGAGAUCGAGGACGGCGGUCCGGGUGGCGGGGAGGAGCGGGCGGAGAGGAGCGCAGGCGGAGGCGGAGGGGGCGGCUUUCGGAGCGUCAUCCACCCCCGCUUGUCUCACGAGUCUCUGUUCCGCAUCUACGGAGGAGCCGGCAACCCCGGCGGCCACCCGGGUUCCCGCGGCCCCGCCGGGCACCGCGUGCACCCGGAGCCUUUGUCCCCCUUCCCCGUGUCGCCCCUCCCCGGGCCGGGAGGAGCGGGCCUCCUGGCUCCGCCGCUGUCCCCGGCUCUCAGCAUGACGCCCGCGUCCCACCUGGCUUACACGCCCUCGCCCACUCUCUCGCCCAUGCUGGGCUCCCACUUCUCCUUCAACCCCGAGGACAUGAAGCGCUACCUGCAGGCCCACACCCAGUCGGUGUACAACUACGGGCUGAGCCCCCGGGCUUUCCUGCAGUACCCCAGCAUCGUCAUCCCUCAGCCUCACCGGCCCGCCCCCGACAAGGCGGGCCCGGGCGGCGACCGGGGAGCGGCCGAGCGAGCCGAGAGGGAACGGGGAGGUGAGCGGCACCACCACCACCACCACCACCACGCCCCGCUCUCUCACUCCGCCCACCACCAGCACCAUCAUCAUCAGCACCCGCCUCACUCGGCGCACCCUCACCCCCAUUCCCACCCGCUGCACCACACGCUCCACCUGGGCGAGGAUCCGCCGCACCCGUCGCCCUUCAAGUUCAAGCUGCAGCCGCCUCCGCCGGGCCGCAAGCAACGAGACGGGCAGGGGCAGGGCAAAGCCCGGCAGAGCUCGCUGUCCUCCGCCUCGGGGUCGUCCACGUCCGGCCUGGGCUCCUCGCUGUCGUUUGGCAGCGACCUGAGCUCGGCCGGCGGCUCCGGACUCAUCUCCGCCUCCUCCUCCACGCAGUCCCUGAACAGCGCCGGCCUUCCCAAAAUAAAGGUGGAGCCCAUCUCCGACAUCGAGUCGGAGGAAGAGGUGGAGGUGACCGACAUCAGUGACGAAGACCCCGACGAGCGCGAUGUCGACUUUGAGGUCUUUGCGCAUCGCUUCUCCGGAGCCCCGAACCACCACCACCAGCACCACCAGCAGCUCCUGUCCAACGGCUCGGCGGCCCACCCGUCCCUCCCCGACGAGGACCUGGAUGAGGACGUGUUCAAAGCCCCCGCCCCGCCCCCGCCCGGCCUCCUGCCCUUCCUGGCCUCACCGCCCGGCUACUCCACCAGCUCGCAACGCGGGCCGCCCGCCCUCAAGACGGAGCCCGGCGAGCCGGCGGACACCAGCCCUCCUCGCCAUCCGCCGGCGGCGCCCCACACCGAGUGCAUCCCCCUCAAGCUGCGAUUCAAGAGGCGCUGGAGUGAAGACCAGCGCAUGGAGGCCUCGCAGGAGGAGUCGGACGACAAGAAGGUCCGGCCCCAGGGGCGGAGAGACCUCCGCGGGAGCGAGGGCCCCAUGCAAAUCGAGGAGGACGGCGCCGGCGAAGCGGACGGCCCGCUCGCGUCCGCUUAUCAGAGCUCCGUGGGCCAGCCCUUGCCCGCGCAUCGGCGGGCGAGCGCCGACUUGCAUCGUGCCACGGCGCAGCUGUCCCUGGAGAACAAAGACUGCUGAUGGCCUCGGACGCCCGAGGCGUGUCAAUGGAAACUCUGUCAGCCCCGCAGCCUCUCCGCCCGACCUGGCCCGACGUCACCUCAACCACCUUAAACUCGUACUCGCCUUACUCUGACAGACCCCCCCCCCACCGACAAGUUCUCUCGCAGGAUUCUUCUGGGGACGCGUUAUUCGGGACCUUUGUUUCAGUCGGUGUGUGUCCGCCGACUUUCCACCCAGCGGUAUGGUUCCGUUUGCCGCGCCGCAGGAUGCUAAA